AUGAUCACCACCUUCCUCGGCAUCGGCGGCGUCGCGCUCGUCUUCUUCUACCUGGGGCCUGUCAUACAGAACGUCAAGGACAACAGGCUGAAGGCCGCGGCCGCAGCGAACGAGACGCUGGACCCGCUGCUGGGCCGCAACCUGGCGAUGCUGCUGUGGUGGCCGCGCGGGCAGCCGGUGGGGGCGCCCGCCUACCAGCUGGCCUACGUGGGCGUCUGCUACUGGCUGAUGCUGCUCUACCUCUCCACCAGCACGCUCGACACCUUCUACGUCACGCUCAUCAUCUACCUGUCCUCGCAGCUCAAGGUCCUCAACAUCGACUUCCUCUCCAUCGCGGAAGGCGCUGACGGCGGCGGCGACGACGACGACGACGACAGCCUCGUCGAGCAGGGAAGGCCCCUCAGCAGACCGGAGACAGUGCACAAGCUGCCCGUGAAACUUCCAAACGCAUACGACAAGACGAAAGCCCAAAGGACCCACGAGAGGCUGUUAGAAUGCAUCAUCUUCCACCAGGAAGUUAUAAAGUCGGUGGAUGAGAUGGAGUCCAUCCUGAGUGCGUCAAUUCUAGUGCAGUUCCUCGCCAGCACGCUCGUCAUCUGUUUCACUGCUUUCGUCAUCACAACGGCGGAGAAUAAGCAGGACCUGCCGACGUACAUCACGUACCUGGCCACGAUGUUCUACGAGCUUUUCCUCUACUGCUGGUACGGAAACGAGCUGCUCGCCGAGAGCGAGCGCCUGCAGACGUCGGCCUACGGCUGUGGCUGGUCCGACGCCGGCGCCGGCUUCCAGCGCACGCUGCGCGUCGCCAUGGCGCGCCUCCAGCGGCCAAUCUGCCUCACCGCCGGCAAGUUCUACAAGAUCUCCCGCGAGACCUUCUUGCUGCUGCUGAACGGCUCCUACUCGUACUUCGCGCUGCUGCACCAGAUGAACGACCGCUAA